ACUAUUGCCAGUGUUUUCAUCAAGGAGGAUAUGUCCAUUAACAGGCUUACACAGCCUAUGGCUUUCCGCCAUUCCGCAAUGCUUAUCUUCCUGACUUGUGGUACAAGGAUCCGUUACGAAUGGUGAUGGAGAGUUCGUAAUCGAGGACCUCGCGUUCUUUGGUUUGACAUGAGAGAAAGAUUUAAAUCAUUAUAGCCUGUUGCAGUACUGGCCAAGCAAUACCCAAUAACGUCGUCUUUUACCUCCUGGAUUAAAUGUCAACCUGUCAAACGAAGUACAACAAUAGCCUACUGUGCAGACUCGAUCUCCCAAAUUCAUUCCGCUUUUUUCUCGCUUACCGAUCAAAUAGCGCUGAAUAUCCACUUUGGGGGAAAUCUACAGUACGAAUAAGCCCCAGCCGAUUCGCUAUUCAUCGUGACUGUAUCAAGCUUGUUAUAUCCUGCUGAUCCUCUACUUGCUAGCAGUUUUUUCUAUCUAUCAUGAUCGGACAUCCGAGGUAGGUUGUCUGCAAAGGGGAUGCAAACUCUCAUGAAGAACCUUGUGGAGAAAUGCUAUAUCGAUCAGAAGUUCAAUCUUAGGUCACUAUUUCCUCAACGUAGCCGGUUAGCGAAUACUUGUGUUUAGUGCUGUCCAGCGGUGUCUCUGACUAUCCUGGGCAGCUCUUUGUUUGGGU